UCUCUCUCUCAGAGCUUGUCCAGAAUGGCCGUCUUCUGUCCCUGCCCCUGGCGGCGGGGGACAUGCACUCUCUGCUGCCAGACGAAGAUGGCCGCCGGCUCUACGUGGCCAUGAAGGACAACCUGCUGUCCACCAGCCUGGACGACAUCUCACAGAACCCCCACAAGGUCAGACUGCCCGGCUCUCUAUAGGCUUCUCACGCAUAGGGGCUUUUCACACUACUGAGCCCAAUCGAGCCCAACUAAACCAAGCUGCACUGAGCUGUCCUGGUGACACGUCCACCAUAGUUGUUGGAACUUUGUUGAAAAAGGCGAUGUGAAAAUCGAUUAUCCAAACCACAGUUUGGCUCUGGUCUGCAUGAUAGUGUGAAAAGGGUAAUAGAUUCAAUACAAUAACAUUAACACAUUCAUUCAUACAGCUACACUCAGUAAGGAAAACUGAAAGGAAAACUGUAACUCAGAAAACCUUGUGAGAGAAAGAAGGGGGUGGAUGAAUGUCACAGUCACUGUGUGUUGUCCAGUGUGCAUGGCUAAUGUAAUGUAGGGGAUAAUUAAGCUCAAUUUGAUGGUAAUGAGAAUACAGAGGAGGAAGCCAUCUCCAGCUGUCCAGCAUCCCUUCCUCUUUCCAUUAAGCCCCCUGUGUCUCUCAACCACUCUCUUUCAGACAAACACUCAUUCUAAUAAACAAAGAUCCACACACACUCUGUCCACCUCUCUACUGUGUGUACCCAUGGCCACUACCAGUCAUAUCCUCAUUUCUCUCCUUUUCCACUUCCUCUCUCUCAGACUCUCAUUCUAAUACACAUAGACACACAUUUAUACAGGAACUCUCUCAUACAAUCUCUCCCAGACAGAAGUAGCACGUAGUGUAUAAGUGAGGGUUUCAUUCACCCCUGUUCCCAUUUCUGCCUGGCAGGAGAUUGGGUGGAGCCAUGAGCCCUCUAAUAAAGCUAUCCUCUGAUCAACCAACCCCUGAGGCAUUCCUACUGCAUGAGUCCCUCACCACCAGCCCACAUCACUCAAACUGACUGAAGAGCUGUGUGUGUGUGUGUGUGUGUGAUCACUCUCUCCACCAUUCCAUUUAUCCAUGCCCACUACCAGUCAUAUCCUCCUUCUCUUUUAUUAGAUGUUUUCUCUCCCUACCACAUUCAAACCCCCCAGUUCCUUUUCGGUAGAUUACUAAUUGAAUUGCAUGUUGCACAGGGAUUAGUGUAGUGUCUAUGCAUUUCCAUAUCUUUGUCCAUGUGACAGAGCAUAUACAUUUUUUUCAGCUGCCAAUGUAUAAAACUCCCAUCCAAGAAAUGUUAUUUGUCACAGAUGGUUGAUUUAUAUAAGGUUGUUUUUCACAGUGAGAACUAUGGGGGUCUCUCAUUCUACUCCUCCCUCUGGUAUUCAGUGAUAAUGAAAACAUCUUUAUCUUAUCACAUGAUCUCUGCUACGGUCCCUAAAUGACUAACUCAGUGAACAUGCUAUGGAGGUUAGUCAUCUAUGGUGGCAUGAUACCGGCUAAUCAUGGUGGCAUGACAACUAUACUGGCUCUUCCUCUUUCAGCUCUACUGGCCAGCAAGUCCAGACCGUGUCCAAGAGUGUUUGAUGGCUGGAAAGGACCGGGAGGUGAGUGGUUAUGGUGUAAACACACAACACACACACACACACACACACACACACACACACACACACACACACACACACACACACACACACACACACACACACACACACACACACACACACACACACACACACACACACACACACACACACACACACACACACACACACUCACAAAAUCACACACACACUCACACACUCAAACACACACUCACACACGCACACACUCACACACACACACUGUGCUAACUUCUAGUCUCCCCUACAGUUGGAGUGUGCUAACUUCCUGCGGGUACUGCAGCCCUACAACCAGACCCACCUGUAUGUGUGUGGAACGGGAGCCUUCAACCCUCGCUGUGCCUUCAUCCCCACCAACACCUUCCUCAAGGUAAAAUCACACACACGCACACGGAAACACACAUGGACACGCACUCCCACAGACACACACACAAACACACACACACACUCCGUCCUUACCCACUCCAACCCCUCGAUUGGUUGAAUUAGGUGUUUUAAUGAUUUUAGCCCAACAUGUGCACACCCAGAGUGGUUUGAGAACCACGCUCUACUGAUGCCUAUCUCAAGCUUUCCCUCUCUAUCUGUCCUAUAGCAAUAAAUCCUAUAUCUGUGUGUAUAUCUAUCUGACUAUAGGUCUAGCUGUCUACCCCUAUAGCUGCGCUAUCUGUAGGUAUACCUAUGUGUACUGUACUGUGUACCGCUAUACCCUGAUACCAGCCUAUCCUAUCUGUCUCUGUGUGUUUACCACGUGUCUAAACAAUUCUUAGCUAAACUCCCUCCCUCCCUCCCUUCCUCCCUCCCUCCCUCCCUCCCUCCCUCCCUCCCUCCCUCCCUCCCUCCCUCCCUCUCUCUUCCUCUUUCUCGCUUUCUUCUUUCACCUUCUCACACACUAUUCUUUUCACCCCACUCUGGUCCCCAGUGUGCUGGUGUCUGUGUUUCUGAGAGAAGGUACUAAACCCAUGAAAGGGUUUACCUCCCUCACAUUGCAUUUUACAAAAUGUUCACCCAAAUAUUUACAGCGAUUACUACCUCAUUAAUCUAUACAAGUCUGGGAAAGUUUCAGAGCUGUACUGUACAUUAGUUAUGUGGCAGUGUGUGUGUGUGCAUGCGUGUGCACACUGUGUAUAAUGUGUUUAUUCAAUUCUGUUUAUUUGGCAGUCAGAGCGACAAACUCUGUCAUUUGGAGAGACUGAAUGUGGGAAGGGAAAGUGUCCAUACGAUCCACACCAGAAAACUGCCACAGCCGUUAUUGGUAAGACCACGACAGUAUGUCUGUGAGUAAGUGUCUUGUGUGUGAGUAAGUGCACAAUAAUACAAGGACCUGUUUGCUGUCCUUAAAGGUGAAUGUUGAUGUAUAAUGUGUGUUUAUAUGUGCUGUUCUAUAGGGUAGGCCCAUAUAGUAUGGUGGAUAAUGUGUUUGUCUGCUUUCGUGUACAGAUGGCGAGCUGUAUGCUGGGAUCUCAUCCGACUUCAUGAGUCGAGACUCGGCCUUCUUCCGCAGCCUGGGCAGUCGUCAUGUGAUCCGCACCGAGCAGUACGACUCCACCUGGCUGCAGGGUAAGGAACUUAAUCUCAGCGUUUGUAGCGGGUGAUUUGGACGGAGUCAGACGCAGGAGGGUAAAUCACAGAAUAAAUGGUUUAUUCGGUAAGACAGUGGUACUCAGCAAUGCGUAAAACACUCCAGUGCGGUAAAUACGGCGCACUGGAGAAAACAAGGCACACGGGUGAAAAUCCCGGCGAUAAAAGAUACAAUACAGCUCCACCGAGCUAUAGUGACCUCCACAAUAAACAAUCACACACAAAGACAAGGGGGGGCAGAGUGAAUACUUAUACAGGUACUAAUGAGGGGAUAUGAACCAGGUGUGUGUAAUAAACAAGACAAAACAAAUGGAAUGAUGAAAUGAGGAGCGGCAGUGUCUAGAAGGCCGGUGACGACGAACGCUGAAGCCUGCCCGAAGGAGAGGAGGCAGCUUCAGAGGAAGUCGUGACAGCAUUCUAGGAUUCUGUAGGAACCUCUCCAUAGGCUUGAUCAAACAAUAAAAACUGAAUCAUUUCUGUUCAUUCUCUCUUUCACUCUUACUUAUCACAAUGUUUCCUCUCAUUCUCUGGCAUUUGUUUUCUUUCUCUUUCACUCUCUCUCUUUCUAUUGUUCUCUCUCAUUUGUAAACUCUCCCUGCUCUCUCUUUCUCUCUCUCUCCCUCUUUCCUUCUGUCUAAAUUGCAAACUCUCUCUCUCUCCCUCUCUCUCUCUGUCAGAUGCCCAGUUUGUUAAGGUGGCCUCGAUGGCGGAGACUGAUAACCCAGAGGAUGACAAGGUGUACGUGUUCUUCACUGAGCGGGCUCAGGAGGCAGAGGGGGCAGCUGGGAAGGUGCUGUACUCCCGAGUGGCGCGUGUCUGCAAGGUAAGAUCUCUACGUGCCUGUGUGUGUCUACUGGUACUGACGUGUGUUGGCAUUACACGGGCAUAUGCACUUGUAGACUUGUGUGUUUAUAGAUGUGCCUGUCUGUGUGUUUCUUUAUCUUUUUUCUAUCAUAGUUGCUGUCUAUGUCGAUCAUGACAUCUGUUCUAAUCUGUACAGAAUGACAUUGGUGGCCAGCGGAGUCUGGUGAACAAGUGGAGCACCUUCCAGAAGGCACGUAUAGUCUGCUCCGUCCCUGGAUCCGACGGGAUACAGACUCACUUUGACCAACUACGUGAGUAUCAACUACAGUAUGGUCCUCUGUAGCUCAGCUGGUAGAACACGGCGCUUGUAACGCCAAGGUAGUGGGUUCGAUCCCCGGAGCCACCCAUACACAAAAAAUGUAUGCAUGCAUGACUGUAAGUCGCUUUGGAUAAAAGCGUCUGCUAAAUGGCAUAUUAACUAUCAACUUUACCUCACUCUCACUGACCAGUGACCACACACAUGACCAUAAGUUCACCGUCCAUAACCAUGAAUACACAAAGUGAAGCAUACAGACAAUCAUCCUAAAGUACAACAGACAUACCAUAUGUCUUCAAUAGUAUUCAAUCUCAAUAAGACAGCAGUGGGGGGGGGAGUGAAUGUUGUACAGACUAUAUAGGCGCCGAAGCAGCUAUGGUAGUGAAGAUUCUAUGCUUGGUCAACAGAAGGCCCAGUGUUUGAUCAUGCAGCCAGUAUAACUCCACUCCACCCCACCCUGGCUUGUGGUAUUCCACUCUGUUACCACAGUGACCAGCAGCCCUGUCCCUUUACCCUGCUCUGCCUCUGUAGUACUUCAGCCCUGGUCGCCCAGGCAACAGCUCUGAAGUAUCUUAGUGUCUAUUAGAGAGGAUUCAAGAGUCUGGCACUGUCCUUCUGCUGUUUCAUCUUCUGUUUUUCAAUCACAGGGUGAUUAGUGUGUGUGUGUGCGCAUGUGUGUGUUAUGUUUAAGUACACUAUCAGUCAAAAGUUUGGACACACCUACUCAUUCAAGGGUUUUUCUUUAUUUGUACUAUUUUUUACAUUGUAGAAUAAUAGUGAAGACAUCAAAAAUAUGAAAUAACACAUAUGGAAUCAUGUAGUAACCAAAAAAGUGUUAAACAAAUCAAAACAUAUUUUAUAUUUGAGAUUCUUCAAAUAGCCAUCCUUUACCUUGACGACAGCUUUGCACACUCUUGGCAUUCUCUCAACCAGCUUCAUGAGGUAGUCACCUAGAAUGCAUUUCAGUUAACAGGUGUGCCUUGUUAAAAGUUAAUUUGUGGAAUGUAUUUCCUUCUUAAUGCGUUUGAGCCAAUCAGUUGUGUUGUGACAAGGUAUACAGAAGAUAGCCCUAUUUGGUAAAAGACCAAGUCCAUAUUAUGGCAAGAACAGCUCAAAUAAGCAAAGAGAAAUGACAGUCCAUCAUUACUUUAAGACAUGAAGGUCAGUCAAUAAAGAAAAACCCUUGAAUGAGUAGGUCUGUCCAAACUUUUGACUGGAAGUGUAUGCACUCUGUCAUCGCUGGUUAUAUAGGCCAUGGUGUAUCAGUAAGUGAUGUGAUCAGUAGCUGGCCUCACUGAGAGCGAGACAGAGAGACAGGACCAGUCCCUUAUCACAUCUAUCUUUGUGAAGACAACCAGACAGUAGAAUAAACAACCUGAGCCCUACUUCACCCCCCUCCUUCCUUCUCUCUGGGGUUAUACUGAGGCAAAGUCAACUACACACAUUAUGACACACAUAUGCACACGCAGACACACGCACGCCCACACACACACACACACACACACACACACACACACACACACACACACACACACACACACACACACACACACACACACACACACACACACACACACACAAUGACACACAUCCCUUUCUGUCCAACCCAACAUGUCUCACCCAGGACAGUGAGUAGUAGGAUGAACAUAAACAUCCCCACACAACAACCUGCCCCGGGACACGUUGCAGCUGAAAAGAUCAUCAAAGAUCAUCAGCCCAAGAAUGCCGCCGGUGUUUUGUUUACGCCAUGCUCCGUCGGCCAGAAACACUACGAAUCCCAUGAGCGCCUGGUGUGUGUCCGGGUCCCUCAUGGUGGAGGAGUGGACACAGUCUGAGUCAGGUUGUUAUCUAUGCCGGAACUUCAACAGGAAUAUUUGAGCUGAACUUGUGUGAGCUUUAACAAGAGCCACUAUCCUGGCAGGUCAUCUCUGUUUGUACAGGUGAAAGGGAUCGUUUACAGUGUGGAGUACUCAACCAUCAACACUUACUAAAUACAUUAGUUUCUAAUCCUACAGUCAGAAUAAAGUGGUUCCAACUGUAGUCUUGGAUUGAAAGCUUAUGAGAGACAUGGUUAGCAAAACUCUUAGAGUAUCAGAGUUUAGUAGAAAUUGUAUGGAUAUAAAUAUAGCCCACUGGGCACAGACAUCAAUUCAACGUCUAUUCCACGUUGGUUCAACGUCAUUUCAUUGAAAUGACGUGGAAACAAUGUUGAUUCAACCAAUGUGUGCCCAGUAAGAGAAACAUGUAAACAUUUGAAGGGUGUAAUUGGUCAGAAUCCCAUAAACAGAAUUCACUGCUAUGUUGUUGUGUUGUUAUUCAGGACAGUCAUACCAUGGGUUUGGACCAGGAGACACUAACUGUUAGACCACAUAGUUGAGGUUUGAACACUUCGGUCCUGAAGCAGAGGACAACGAGGUCUAGAUUUCAGUGAUUUAGAGGAAGUUCCUAUGUGUGUGUGUGUGUGGCCAGGUAUGCAAGACAUAACCCACAUCCUAGUCCCUAGAUAGCCCAACUCUGAUGCGGGAAAAGGAGUGAGAAGGAGGAGUGAAGAGGAGGGGUGAGGAGUUGAGGAGAAGGGGUCGUUUUUUGGGAUAAGGCUGGGGCGGAUAGGGGCUGGAGCCUGAGGGGUGUGGGCCAGACAAGGAUAUCUACCCUCCAGGGGAACAGAUCCCUUUGUUUAGAGGAACUGACACAAGUAGGGUCCUCAGGAGAGAAAAUUAGAGACACAGAGAGAAAGGGAGAGAGGGAGAGAGGGAGAAGGAGAGAGAGAGAGAACGAAAGAGAGAGAGAGAAUGAGAGAGAGAGAAUGAGAGAGAGAGAGGGAGGGAGGGAGGGAGGGAGAGAGAGAGAGAGAGAGAGAGAGAGAGAGAGAGAGAGAGAGAGAGAGAGAGAGAGAGAGAGAGAGAGAGAGAGAGAGAGAGAGAGAGAGAGAGAGACAGAAACAGAGACAGAGAGACAGCCAGCAGUGCCUCCGCAGCAUGGUGUACCCAAACUCCUCUGCUGUGUGUUGUGCCCUGGGCUAUGCGGCGGCGUGUGUGUGUGUGUGCAGUGGUGUGUGUGUGUGUGUGUGGGAGGUAAGAUUAGAUUCCCACCAGACUGAUCCCAUCAAGGCCACCUGAAGCAGCAGGAACGAGAGGAAUGUGAGAAUACUUAUACGCUUCACUAUGUCCCACACCACAACUACAAGCCCACCAUACAUACUGUCUGUAUGCUAGCGUGUGUGUCUGUUAGUCCGUUUGUGUGUUUGUGCAUGCAUUCUUGUGUACGUGUGUGCAUGUUUGUGUGUCGCAUCCAGUAUGUCUGUGUGUACUGUGGGUUCAUGUAACUGUGUAUACAUAGACUUCGCGUGCAUACAUAUCAAUUUCUUGUUUGUGUACAUGUACAUGUGUCAUAUAUUUGGUCAGUGGUUGAUCUGUGUCAUGGGGAGGGGAGGGAUGGUGGACAGUGUGGGGCCAUAGAAGACAGAGAGGCAGAGAGGCCUAGCUAAAUGGCAGGGGAGGGCUGCUAUAGGAGGAUUGGUCAUGGAGGAUCAGCUCGUCUCCAGCUCUCACACUGAGAUGGCAUAUUACUGCCUGGGAUUCAUUAGGUUGGCCCACUCAGCCGUACCACCACACCAAACAGCAUUAGUCACGCACACACAAAUAGGAACACACUUGUACACACUCACACACACACAUAGGAACACACUUGUACACUUGCUCGCUCACAUGCAAGCACACAAGCAUGCUCGCAUGCUCACACAUACAUACGCACACACUUACCUUCUGAAGGUAGUCCAUCAUAUCCAAUGAUGACUUCCACUACUGCUUGUGGGUUCGCUGACGACUGUAUAAUCUGAUGCGGGAUGCACACUGUCUGCCGUUGAGGCCGGUCACUUCACCAGGCUACGUUCAGUCCUUUUUUCCUCGGCCAACUGCAAUCCUUGAUGGCAGAGGCCGGUCCACAUCAACAGUCUGGAGGGAGGCAGGGUUUAUCCCACACUUCUUUAGUGAUAUCUUCAGUUGGUCCUUUAGUCGCUUUUUCUGGCCACCUGAAGAGCGACGGCCCAGUUGUGGCUGUCCGUACAGUAUAUUUCGUGGCAGGCAAUCCUCUGGCAUCCGGAUAGCAUCGCGAGCCAUCUAAGCUAGUGGUGUGGGAUGGACUCCUCAGUGCUCCUGCAGUUGGUUCUCUGUAGGAUCUCUGAGUGCGGAACACAAUCCUGCCAGGUCACUUUCAAAAUGCGCACCCCACCUCUGGACACUCUUAGUUGAUGAGAGUAGACCCAUCUGCUCUUCGGAGGGGACAGAGAAAGCAACUUCUUGGGCUGUGGGUGGUUUUCAGGGCAUCAUAAAAGUUGUGUAUGUCAUAUCUGUCCACACAAGAUUGGAUUUCUUGUGCUUUGGCGAUCCACCACUCAUUUUGUAGAUGUCGUAGAGCACUCUGUGCCUCCCUCCACUGCACUUGCCAUUGCUUUUUGAGGGCUUCAGAAGUGGGGUUGUUGAGUGUGGCUUUAUGUACCUUGUGUACGCUGUGGAAGGUACGUGGAGUUUUCGUCAAACCAGUUCUGAUGUUUCUUGCUGCUGUAGCUGAUGGAGUGGGCUGGUGAUAGAGGGAUGUGCUUAAGGAAGACCAUUUGUCAUCAAUUGGACCUUCCUCAAUCAGGAGGAGUUGUUCUGCUAGAGAGCGACGUAGGUUGUUACGUGCUUCUGUUUCCUGAAGUCGAGCACAGUUUUAUUACUUUUUUGGUGGACUUCUUGAGGCGGAUUCUGAGCUUGGUUAAGAUCAUCUGAUGAUCUGUCCAGCACACCGCUCCUCCCAUGGCUCGCGUAAUGAGAACACACACAGAGAAUACUCCUCACAUUACAUUUACAUUUUAGUCAUUUAGCAGACGCUCUUAUCCAGACUUACAGUUAGUGAGUGCAUACAUUUUCAUACUGGCCCCCCGUGGGAAACGAACCCACAACCCUGGCGUUGCAAGCGCCAUGCUCUACCAACUGAGCUACAGGGGACUUAUGCAUACAACCCUAACACAAACUCAACCCUGUCAUGUCACAUAUUUAAUGCAAAUCAGCCCUAUAAUCAGUUUGACCCAAGUCUCUUACCUAAUGCAACAUGUAUCCCUUCUCUUCUCCUUCCAGAGGACAUCUUUAUCCUCCAUGAUGGGAAGGACAAGAAGAACCCUCUGAUCUACGGACUCUUUACCACAUCCAGGUGAUUCAGCCUCCGGCACAAAGUUCACCACAACCCCGCUGCCAUUGGAACUUCAUUCAUUAUUUUAUUGUUUCCCAUGGCUGAUGUUAUAAUGGCUUAUGUAGCUGUUAUAAACCCUUUAUGAAUGCAUACAUAAGGGAUGCGCGGGCUACAGUAAUGUGUCAUCAGAUAUAUAUGAUAGGCUGUGUAUCCCACUGAGGGAUACAAUGAUAUAAAGCAGUUAUGAGACAGUGAUCAUUUUAACUCAAAUCAAAACAUGGCUAUUGUCUUGGGCUGCAUAUUUCUGUUGCACAUGUUUUGUGUUGUACAGUGUUUUAUUCUGACAGUAGUUUGUAUUCAGUCUGGUUUGGCUGCCUGGCGGGAGACAAGUGGCUAGAGUAAUACAUGCAGUGGGUUAAGAGAGAGGGAGAGCGUGUGUAUAUUUGCGUGUGUACUCCGUGUGUGUGUACUCCCCGUAUUAGGCAAUGGUGGAGAGAUGGGAGAGGCUAGGUUGAGUUAUUUUUCAUAGGAUCAUACUUUCCAAACACAGUGACACCAAGCCUUAGCAGCAGAAAUGUAUGGUAAUUCAGUAGUUCAAACCAGUUCAUAAGAAAGCCUUUCUCUAUAUGACUCUAUGGUCUAUACUUUGAUCCUUAAUAUGUUUCACAUUAGAAGGGUCAAAGUCAUUGUGUCUUUCUGUAUUGUUUGUGUGUGUGUGUGUGUGUGUGUGUGUGUGUGUGUGUGUGUGUGUGUGUGUGUGUGUGUGUGUGUGUGUGAGAGAGAGCGAUAAAGACAAAAAGAGAGACAAAGAGAGAGAGAAAGUGCAUUGUCUGCAAUGACACAUUCUCUCUGAGUUCUGUGAAUAGUGCAGAGGUUCAGAGAGGUUCUGGGAAUAGACCAGUAAACUGGGCUCUGGGAGCGUGUGGGCUGAGGGCCAGGGGCCAAGGAGGUGGGGAGGGCUCUGAGGUUGACCCUAUCCGGGGUGGGGUUUCACUUGUAAAAUAUACAUUUAGAAAUCUAUAAUCAUGGAAACGGUGACAUACAGUACUAUAGUUCACUGCCAAUGCCAGUAUGAUUGAUGGUGGUAAUGGAGCAGCCCUAUGUUGACGACAGGCAUUGGCUUCAGUGAAUACUGAUCUGAUCUGGAAUCAGGGUUGAGACACGGAAACUUUGACACACACCCCAUCAGUAUGUGACAGAUGAUAACAGACACACAACUGACAGGCUGUGUGAGUUUCAUUGUGUUUGACAGUUGAUUGACAGAUAAUAAUGACUGACACACCAUCUCUCUUCCCCAGUGACGUUCUGAACGGUUCGGCGGUGUGUGUGUACCGCAUGCAGGAUGUGGUAAGGGCCUUCAAGGGAAACUUCUACCACAAGGAGGGACCACAGUACAAGUGGGCCGAGUUCACAGGAAAGGUCCCCUACCCAAGACCUGGCACAGUAAGUUCUCUCCUAAUGAGCUGUCAUUCCCUGUCCAUCAUUACUCACCAUUUUCUGAUUCGUCAUGUUAUACUGAAUGUAGCUGAAGACGAGGCUCUCUACCAGUCAAAGUUGAGGAAUUCAAGCACUAUCUUUGACCCAACUCUAGCUCAACAACAACUCUAAUCCAAACGCCCAACUUUUUUCUUCUCAACCUUAACUUGAUCCCAACAUUAACCAUGUCAUGCCCAACUCUUUCCAUGUCAUUGAAUGCUUGAUGCCAAUGCAGCUCUGUCUAUCUCUCUCUCUCUCCCUUCAGUGUCCCAGCAGUACAUACGGUAGCUACAGCUCCACCUGGGAGUACCCUGAUGACGUCAUCUUCUUCAGCCGUACCCACCCUCUGCUGCAGGAGGCAGUGCUGCCGCUGGGAGGGCGCCCUCUGUUGGUCAGGGUGGGAGUGCACUACAAAUUCAGCCGACUGCUCGUGGACCGAGUAGAGGCAGUGGAUGGACAGUAUGACGUCCUCUUCAUCGGCACAGGUGUGGGGAUAGGUUUUGUGUGUGUGUGUGUAUGUGUACAGUGAGGGAAAAAAGUAUUUGAUCCCCUGCUGAUUUUGUACGUUUGCCCACUGACAAAUAAAUGAUCAGUCUAUAAUUUUAAUGGUAGGUUUAUUUGAACAGUGAGAGACAGAAUAACAACAACAAAAAUCCAGAAAAACGCAUGUCAAAAAUGUUAUAAAUUGAUUUGCAUUUUAAUGAAGGAAAUAAGUAUUUGACCCCUCUGCAAAACAUGACUUAGUACUUGGUGGCAAAACCCUUGUUGGCAAUCACAGAGGUCAGACUUUUCUUGUAGUUGGCCACCAGGUUUGCACACAUCUCAGGAGGGAUUUUGUCCUACUCCUCUUUGCAGAUCUUCUCCAAGUCAUUAAGGUUUCGAGGCUGACAUUUGGCAACUCAAACCUUCAGCUCCCUCCAUAGAUUUUCUAUGGGAUUAAGGUCUGGAGACUGGCUAGGCCACUCCAGGACCUUAAUGUGCUUCUUCUUGAGCUAGUCCUUUGUUGCCUUGGCCGUGUGUUUUGGGUCAUUGUCAUGCUGGAAUACCCAUCCACGACCCAUUUUCAAUGCCCUGGCUGAGGGAAGGAGGUUCUCACCCAAGAUUUGACGGUACAUGGCCCCGUCCAUCGUCCCUUUGAUGCGGUGAAGUUGUCCUGUCCCCUUAGCAGAAAAACACCCCCAAAGCAUAAUGUUUCCACCUCCAUGUUUGACGGUGGGGAUGGUGUUCUUGGGGUCAUAGGCAGCAUUCCUCCUCCUCCAAACACGGCGAGUUGAGUUGAUGCCAAAGAGCUCAGUUUUGGUCUCAUCUGACCACAACACUUUCACCCAGUUCUCCUCUGAAUCAUUCAGAUGUUCAUUGGCAAACUUCAGACGGGCAUGUAUAUGUGCUUUCUUGAGCAGGGGGACCUUGCGGGCGCUGCAGGAUUUCAGUCCUUCACUGCGUAGUGUGUUACCAAUUGUUUUCUUGGUGACUAUGGUCCCAGCUGCCUUGAGAUCAUUGACAAGAUCCUCCCGUGUAGUUCUGGGCUGAUUCCUCACCGUUCUCAUGAUCAUUGCAACUCCACGAGGUGAGAACUUGCAUGGAGCCCCAGGCCGAGGGAGAUUGACAGUCAUUUUGUGUUUCUUCCAUUUGCGAAUAAUCGCACCAACUGUUGUCACCUUCUCACCAAGCUGCUUGCCGAUGGUCUUGUAGCCCAUUCCAGCCUUGUGUAGGUCUACAAUCUUGUCCCUGACAUCCUUGGAGAGCUCUUUGGUCUUGGCCAUGGUGGAGAGUUUGGAAUCUGAUUGAUUGAUUGCUUCUGUGGAUUGGUGUCUUUUAUACAGGGAACAAACUGAGAUUAGGAGCACUCCCUUUAAGAGUGUGCUCCUAAUCUCAGCUCGUUACCUGUAUAAAAGACACCUGGGAGCCAGACAUAUUUCUGAUUGAGAGGGGGUCAAAUACUUAUUUCCCUCAUUAAAAUGCAAAUCAAUUUAUGAUGUUUUUGACAUGCGUUUUUCUGCAUUUUUUGGUUGUUAUUCUGUCUCUCACUGUUCAAAUAAACCUACCAUUAAAAUUAUAGACUGAUAAUUUCUUUGUCAGUGGGCAAACGUACAAAAUCAGCAGGGGAUCAAAUACUUUUUUCCCUCACUGUAUGUGUGCAUGCGCGUGCGUGAGUGUGUGUUUGAGUACAGUACAAGCAGGAGUGUCCUCUGUGUUGCAGACUCAGGCCAGGUGCUGAAGUCUAUCCCCCUCCCUAAAGAACACGGUGUCACCCAAGAGGUAACCCUGGAGCAGCUGCAGGUCUUCCAGGUAAAAUUUGUUGUAUCCUUACUUUGACAUAUCUGUAGUUUAUUCUGUCGUCUGGUUUACCAUAACACCUUUUCCCCUCUCCCCCCACAGCACAAGUCACCUGUGACUACCAUGACACUGUCCAAGAAAAAGGUAAGAAUGACACACAUAUACCCCCCCCCCCGCCCCCAAACACACACACAGCUCCCCAUCUUAUAUCUCCAAUGUGAGCUUCAUCACCAGUUGCUAUGGUAACCACCGAGUGAUGAGGACUCCCACUGGGCACAGACGUCAAUUCAACGUCUAUUCCAUGUUAGUUCAAUUUAAUUUCAUUGAAAUGACCUGGAAACAACUUUGAUUUAACCAGUGUGUGCCCAGUGGGCUGGCUAACAUUGAGAUGGUGAAACACACGUAAACAUGCUCUGAAGCAGUCAGUCUCAGUCUUGUGUGAAUGUGGAAAGUGUGAAUCACCAAAGGCAUGAUUUCCUGAAAUAACUGACGGUUGUGGCAUCUGCUCUCUCAGCCAUGUUAUAAUGAUAUGUCUUUCUUCUCUGUUUUCUUUUUCUGUAUGUGUGUCUGUGUGUCUGUGUGUGUGUGUGUGUGUGUAUGUGUGUGUGUGUGUGUGUGUGUGUGUGUGUGUGUGUGUGUGUGUGUGUGUGUGUGUGUGUGUGUGACUACAGCAGUGGCUGUUUGUGGGUUCUGCGGAGGGUGUGGCCCAGUUGGCUCUGUUCCAGUGUGAGCUGUACGGCCAGGCCUGCACUGAAUGCUGCCUGGCUAGAGAUCCCUACUGCACCUGGGACGGACACGCCUGCAGCCCCUUCAUGCCCAUCGCACGCAGGUGGGCCCGCUCAGCUCACACUCAAUCCAGACUUAUAAUCCAACACUUACACUGUGUAUCUAGCUAGCACUUCACACAGUUACAGUAUAGAACUAUAGUAGAAACUAAACAUGAAUAAACAUGGUGUUUAAAUAUAGAUGAAAUUAAAGUUCUACCUUUAAGUCUAUGACAUGCCAGCUCACGCUCAUUUACCCAGUACCCACUCAUCCAAUACAUGUGCAUGUAGCUAUAGGCCUGCCCUACUUAUAAAUACUCACAUUUAGUGCAUACUCUUAUCUAACAUUAUGUAUUUUUUGGUUUCCUCUCUCUGAAGGAGGAACGCUCGUCAGGUUGGUGAUGAGGAGGACCCUCUGACUCAGUGUGUCAGACAGGGAGGUGAGCAGGAACUGUCAGGAGCCACACCCCCACAGACAUACACUAGCUUGGGUUUCUAUGUAGAGCAGACCUUGUGACAUUUUUCUCUGUCUCUGUUCAGCUGGUCUGCAAGUGAAAUCAGAGCAGAGGAUGAUGAUGGUUGCCGAGGGUAACAGCACCUAUCUGGAGUGCAUGCCCAAAUCCAGACAUGCAGCCGUCACCUGGUACAAACAGGCAGGAGAGAACAGCCCUGAGCUACAUCAGGUACAUACUGUAUGAAAAGAUAUGCACUCACUAACUGUAAGUCACUCUGGAUAAGAGUGUCUGCUAAAUGACUAAAAUGUAAAUGUAAAAUGUACUGACACACAGGCAGUUACACGCGCGCACACACACAUGCACGCGCACACACACACAUACACACACACACAUAUACACAUACACACAUACACAUGAACAUACACACCACACACACACACACACACACACACACACACACACACACACGAACACACACACACACACACACACACACUGGCCUACACAUUCACAAUCCUCUCUCUGUUGCAGUUGCAGUCAGGAGAGCAGCUUGUGGUGAUAGAGAGAGGUGUUCUGAUCCGUCGGGCCGAGAUGGGUCACUCUGGCGUGUACCACUGUCAACUGGAGGAGCAUGGCUUCCGCUGGACCACCGUCACCAUCCGUCUGAGUGUGUGGAGCCCCUCCCGUGCCCUCUCCUGGUCCCCUAGCAACACCAACCCCAGUCCAGAUGCCUCCCAGCCCUGGUACCAGGACGUCAUGGCCCUCAUCCACCCCAGCAGCCUGGAGAAGCACUGUCAGAGGCUGGGCUUCCGACAACGCCGCAACCGCAACCGCGACCAGGAUAAGACCAAGGACAGCGACCACAAGACAGGGGAUGGCCCCAGGGGCGAGAGGCACAAACAUGGAGGCCGAGGAGGAGAUGGAGGAGGAGGCAGGAGGAAGAGCAGAAGCAAACCCCAGCAGAGGUCUCCACGAAGUGCUUAGAUGCUCUACUGCCUACGACAUGCUUUCUCCUGACUUACACACUCAAACACUGUCUC